AUGCGCGCCACAACUUUCAUGUCCGCCCUCCUCCUCCUCCUUAUCUCACCUGCCUUCGCAGCUCCCCUUGUCAAACGUCAGGGGGGGGUAAGCGCCAUUUUGGAUGCUGUGCAGCAGCCCGAUACCGAGGCUUGCACCAACGGACGUCGGAGCUUGAUACCGUUCUGGCCCCGACAGUACAAAGCCGUCAACGACUGCAGCUUCGAGAUUGGCUCCGGUUCGGCCGUCGGUGCAACAUGGAGGUUCGAUGAAGGGUAG